AUGGAAUGGGAUUCUGAAUUCAUAGGUGGAUGCUCAGGAGAAGUGGGUGAAGAAGGAGAUGGUGCUGGUGUAGAAUGGAUGGGAGGUGAAGAAUUAGAAGCACCAUGUGGUACCUCUACACUUGGGACAGGAUCAAAAGAUGGUGUUGGUGAGGAAAUUAUAGGAAUGGAAGGAACAGGAGGGUCAAGGACACUAUCUGUUGGUUGA